CACUGAUUUUCAAUUCAUACCAGAAAUGGGUUUUUGAUCUUUCUUUCCAUGUUCACUCUCAUUCAUUUCUCAUAAUUCCUUCAGUCAAUCAUUAAAACCCUCAUUAAUUUCUUUAAACAAAAUGCUUCUACGGUAUAGGAGUAGUCUCUUCUCUGCCAUUGGGGCGCUCUUCAUUCUUUGGACGCUGUUAAGAAAUCGCGGAAAGAUUGUAAGCCAUGUGGUUGAACAAUAUAAAGGUACAGCGACGACGGAAAUCGUGAAAGGACCAGGGUUUGAACAAGUACCUACCAUUCAAAUAAUCGAUUCUCUGGUACUUGGCGUCCCAAAGCCACAAGAGGACUUGUUCCAAGCUCCACCAAAAGCGCCAAUUGAUCCGCCGACCCUCAUCAAACCUGCGAUUGUGAGUAGCAGAGUUACCAUUCAUUUGUCAAUACAAAACCACGAGGCCACGAUAACAGUGACAUCCUCUUCACAAACCUCAACUUCAACUGCCACGUCCAUCAUUCAGGAUGAGUUCGCGAAAGAGAACGCGAUACUUGGACAGGAACCAAGUGCGGGCCAGAUUUAUGGGAACACACUGAAUGAAGCUAUAGGAGCAGGUUCGCAUACUGAAUCUCACUUGUCUGUCCUUAAAGAGAUCGAUGUCUGGAAAUUGUAUAGCAAAUCGAAACCACUUGAGUACAACCCAUAUCCCGACUAUAAUAGUGAAAUUUGGAAGUCAAAAAAUAAUGGAUUCUAUGUGCCAUGCGAUGGUGCAGAUGGACCAAUCAAAAAUAUCGUGGCGUUUUCAGGACAUUCGAAAGUCUUCGAAGAACCGCAGAUGGGAUCAUUCUCGAUAUUUGAUAUCGAUAGUAACUUAUGCUUCGAGAGAGAAACUAGGCUCAGUUUAUACGGAUAUACGGAAGACCUCAUGGAACCGAUUAGCGUUGGUUCGCUUGCUGGGAAAAUUCAGCAUAAACGCGAUGUGCCUGCACAAAUACAAUGGGAUGAUGUUAACUGGGGAUCGCUUCAAACUCAAUGUGUUGAAAAGAACAGAAACCGAUACCUGAUUUCCGAGAAUCCUGAACCACUUAACGGAGAAAUAAUGAUCCAUGCUCAAAAUUCAUCGUCGGCAUGGAAUGACUCGAAGACAAAAGAAACCAACACCAAGAAGAGAGUACUUGGCACUAUCGUUAAUCGAAACCAGGAUGAUGAGAAUGAGCCGAAAGAUAAUUCAGUUAAGGCUCACCUAGCAAAGGCAGCCCAAGCCACAAUUGAUGCAAAAGAGCCCUUCAAAUCACGUACAGCGAUUAUGCUUCGAUCGUACUCUGGAAAGAAGUGGAACGACAAUGACAAGCAAAAUGUUCGUUCGCUUAUCACAGAGCUAGCUUUGAAAUCUGGAGGGGAGUACGAGGUUUUCCUGCUGGUUCAUAUCAGAAACAGUACCAUCGCCAUUGAGAACGACGUAGACUACAUCGAAGCUCUUCAAAAAAAUGUUCCCACAGAAUUUCAUGACAUCGCGGUGCUUUGGAAUGAAGCUUACGUACAGGGAUUCUACCCACUUAUUCCGAAAAAGGUUACCAACGUACAUCAAUCUCAAUGGCUUCCCGUUCAGAUCUUUGCACUUGAUUAUCCACAAUUUGACUUCUAUUGGAAUUGGGAAAUGGACACUCGAUAUACUGGCAAUCACUAUGAUCUUCUCGAGAGACUCACCAAGUUUGGAAUGGACCAACCAAGAAAAUACCUGUGGGAACGGAAUGAAAGAUACUAUAUUCCAUCGAUACAUGGUUCUUACAAUACUGAGUUUCGCAAGUCAGUAGAAAUUCUUUCGGGCAAAGAUACGAUAUGGGCUCCACCAAAGAUUGCAAAUGUCAUUCCUACUGGUCCACCGCCACCUAUUUCAGACCCAGCACAAGACAAUUAUGAAUGGGGCGUUGGCGAAGUGGCAGAUUACAUCUCUGUUGCACCAAUGUUCAAUCCAAAUGGCACUGGAUGGGUUGGAAAAAACGAUGUCUGGGGAUUCGAUGGACGGAAUGAUACUCCUCGUCGUACAACCAUCAUAACACAUUCAAUGUGUAGUAAGAAGUUGCUGGAUGCUAUGCAUACUGAGAAUCUUAAGGGGAAUCAUGUCAGCAGCGAAAUGACACCCCAGACGGUCGCUCUGCUCCAUGGACUGAAAGCAGUGUAUGCACCACUUCCAAUAUUCUUUGACAGAGCUUGGAAUGGGACGAGUUUAAACAAAUGGUUCAACCCUGGACCGAAGGGAGAAAGUGGUAUUUCGUCGAAUAGUCCAUACGGUUGGGGUAAAGAAAAAAGAUUUCUGGGGAUGACAUGGUAUUAUAGAGCUAUUCCACCAGGUAGAUUGUAUAAUAAUUGGAUGGGAUGGGAGGAUCAUGGAAUUGGUGGGGUUGAGUGGGAGAAAAUACAUGGCAGGCCGUGUCUUCCUCCACUCCUGCUUCAUCCUGUUAAAAAUACAGAGAAUACGAAGUCUGAUUAUGCUACGAAGUAUGAAUUUCCUUAAUGGUUAAUGGCUAUAGAUAUGUGUUGCUUUUGGGUUGAAAAUUAUUCGGGAGUUGGGAGCAAGUGCACACAGACGGGAAUUCGCCUGCUAUACUUGCUACCAGAGACGGAUAUAUUGGGGAGUUAGACAGUGGGCAAGAGACUGGUACCUGAUAUACAAAAGAUGGAAUUAUUUGCUUGGCUGAAUUUGCUAGAUAAUAGUAUAAUGUACGAAUU